GUUUUCCAAAUUUCCAAAGUCGAGAGGAAAAGCAAACUGCAAACAUCGGUCACGGAACUUCCUCGCUCUUCUUCUCCUCCUUCUUCCCCACAGGAAGCACCACCUUCAGGACGGACCGGAUCCGCCAGGGUCCGAACCAUCCUCCAUUAUCAUCAUCAUCCUUCUCUCUCCCGACACAAAUUCCUUUCUGCAAUUCCAUUUCAAUUCAAUUCCGUUCUCCCUUUAUGCCACGCUGCUCAAGCUUCCGUUGCCGUUGCCGCUGCCGCUGCCGCUGCCGCCGAUUCACCCCUAACUGAUGGAAUCAUCUGGUGCUGGUGGAACCCCGAGGGACACGUCGGUGAUCGUGCUGACAUUGGACUCUGACGAGGUCUACAUCAUUGCGAGCCUCUCCACUCGAACGGACACUCAGGUUAUCUACGUUGAUCCAACCACCGGUUCCCUCCGCUAUACUGCGAAGUUAGGGUUCGAUCUCUUCAGGUCUCAGACCGAAGCUCUUGAAUUCGUCACAAACGGAUUGCGUUCCAUAUUCAAGAGCAAGACCUACGCUAGGGCCAUCUUAGGCUAUGCUGCGUUGGGGAACUACGCGUUGUUGCUUCUGGCGACGAGGGUAACUGCAAGCGUAUCCUAUUUGCCCGGUGGAGGGUGCAUUUCCACGGUGACAGAGAGCCAGUGGAUCAAGAUUUCACUGCAGAAUGCACAGCUGCAGGGGAAAGGGGAGGUUAAGAACAUCCAGGAGUUGACGGAACUCGACAUUGAUGGGAAGCAUUACUUCUGCGAAACAAGGGAUAUCACUAGGCCGUUUCCGAGUCGCUUUCCGGUCGGGGAGCCCGACCAGGAGUUCGUUUGGAACGGGUGGUUCUCGCAGCCUUUUGCGAACAUUGGAUUGCCAAGGCAUUGUGUCACACUCCUGCAGGGGUUUGCAGAAUGUCGGAGUUUUGGAAGCUCUGGUCAACUAGAAGGUAUUGUUGCUCUCAUAGCACGGCGGAGCAGGCUACACCCCGGUACUCGUUACUUGGCGAGGGGGAUAAAUUCAUGUUACAGUACAGGAAAUGAAGUGGAAUGUGAGCAACUCGUAUGGGUCCCUAAACGAGCUGGUCAAAGUGUACCUUUCAACACAUAUGUAUGGCGAAGAGGUACAAUUCCUAUGUGGUGGGGUGCAGAGCUGAAAAUCACUGCUGCAGAAGCUGAAAUUUAUGUUUCCGAUAUUGAUCCGUAUAAAGGAAGUGUGCAGUAUUAUCAAAGACUGAGUAAGAGGUAUGAUACACGGAAUCUAAAUACAAGUGCUGGUGAGAAUCCAAGCCGAAAAGCUAUGGUUCCCAUUGUAUGCAUUAACCUGCUUCGAUAUGGAGAAGGAAAAUCAGAGUCCAUUUUGGUUCAGCAUUUUGAGGAGUCUUUAAACUUCAUUAGAUCAACUGGGAAGCUUCCAUAUACUCGGGUCCAUUUGAUACAUUAUGACUGGCAUCAAAGCAUAAAACUAAAAGGUGAACAACAGACAAUUGAAGGGUUAUGGAAGCUUUUAAAAGCACCCACUAUAUUAAUAGGUAUCUCUGAAGGAGAUUAUUUGCCCUCACGACAACGAAUAAAUGAUUGCAGAGGUGAGGUCAUAUACAAUGAUGAUUUUGAUGGUGCCUUCUGCUUAAGAACACGUCAAAAUGGGGUAAUACGUUUUAAUUGUGCUGAUUCUCUUGAUAGAACCAAUGCUGCUAGUUUUUUUGGUUCCCUCCAAGUCUUCAUGGAGCAAUGUAGACGGCUGGCAAUAUCACUUGACAGUGAUAUUGCAUUUGGCUAUCAGUCAACCAAUAAUCAUUAUGGUGGAUAUACUGCUCCACUACCACCUGGGUGGGAAAAGCGAUCUGAUGCAGUUACAGGAAAAACAUAUUAUAUUGACCAUAACACCAGAACUACCACAUGGAUGCAUCCAUGUCCAGAUAAACCAUGGAAGAGAUUUGAUAUGACAUUUGAAGAGUUCAAGAGAUCAACUAUUUUAUCUCCUGUAUCUCAACUAGCUGAUCUUUUUCUUCUUGCUGGGGAUAUUCAUGCCACUCUUUACACUGGGUCUAAAGCAAUGCACAGUCAGAUUCUGAGCAUAUUCAACGAAGAUACAGGAGGGAAGUUUAAACAGUUUUCUGCUGCACAGAAUGUGAAAAUCACUUUGCAAAGAAGAUAUAAGAAUGCCGUUGUGGAUAGUUCUCGUCAAAAGCAGUUAGAAAUGUUUCUUGGAAUGAGGCUUUUCAAGCAUCUUCCCUCAAUUUCUCUUCAACCUCUACAAGUAUCAUCUCGGCCGUCUGGAUUCUGUCUCAAACCAGUUGCAAACUUAUUUCCUGUUGCGGGUGGUGAAGUUAGUCUUCUAAGUUUCAAGGGAAAAAACCUAGUUUGGAUUUGUCCACAGCCUGCAGAUGUAGUUGAAAUCUUUAUUUAUCUUGGUGAGCCUUGCCAUGUUUGUCAGCUUCUUCUCACAAUAUCCCAUGGUGCAGAUGAUUCAACUUAUCCAUCAACAGUUGAUGUGCGGACAGGACGCAAUUUGGAUGGGCUGAAACUUGUAUUGGAGGGUGCUUCUAUACCAAGGUGUGCUAGUGGAACAAACCUAUUAAUACCCCUACCUGGGGCAAUUAGUUCAGAAGACAUGGCUAUAACUGGAGCAAGCUCUCGCCUGCAUGCCCAAGAUGCAUCACCGUUGUCAUUACUGUAUGAUUUCGAGGAACUUGAGGGAGAGUGGGAUUUCCUCACUCGUGUAGUGGCGUUAACCUUUUAUCCUAACAUUUCUGGAAGGAACCCGUUGACUCUUGGUGAGAUUGAGAUCCUUGGAGUUUCUCUUCCUUGGAAGAGCGUCUUUACAAAUGAAGGCCUUGGUGGAAGAUUAAUUGAGCAUGUCAAAAAGUAUCAAGAGGAGCUUAAUCCCUUUUCCUCUGGUUCAGAGCUGAAUCAAUUCAACUCUUCAUCUACAGAAAAUGUGUCACCACCUGUGCAAGGAGGGAAUUCUGCUGACCUUUUGAUUGACCUCUUGUCUGGGGAAGACCCACUACCACACCCACUUGCUCAACCAGUUACUGAACAUGUCCAUUAUGAAAGUGACCCCCUUGAGUUUUUGGAUCAAGCUGUUGAAUAUCACGGUGCUAAAAGUGAUUGUCAAAUUUCUUCAAAAGACACAACACAUUCAGAUUCUAGUACUGCACAAUAUUUAAAAUGCCUGAAAUCUCUUGCAGGGCCAAGUUUGCAAAAGAAACUAGUUUUCAUGGAAGCCAUGAAACUUGAAAUUGAGCGUCUUAAGCUGAAUCUCUCUGCUGCUGAAAGGGAUAGAGCACUGCUAUCUGUUGGAAUGGAUCCUGCAACUAUAAAUCCAAAUACAUUGCUUGACGAAGUUUACAUAGGGAGAUUGUCUAAAGUUGCAAGCACUCUCACACUGCUUGGUGAAGCUUCUCUUGAAGAUAAACGUAUUUCUGCUAUUGGUCUUGGGAUUGUUGAUGACAAUGCAAUAGAUUUCUGGAAUAUUAUCAGAAAUGGGGAAAUCUGUUCUGGCGGCAAGUGUGAAGUGCGUGCUGAGAUUAAAAAGGCAGUUUAUUCAUCUGACGGGCCUUCAGAACCUGUAUUCUUGUGUUCUCAAUGUGAAAGGAAGGUUUGCAGAGUUUGCUGUGCUGGGAGAGGCGCACUUCUUCUUUCAGGUUAUAACUCAAGAGACCCUAUGAGUUAUAAUGGUGCAUCAAGCUAUGGUGGUCAAGUUGACCUCCCUGUAAACCGUCUAUUAGCACGUGAUGGUAUAAUUUGUAAGCGGUGCUGCCAGGAUAUUGUGCUUGAUGCAUUGAUCUUGGACUAUGUGAGAGUUCUGAUUAGCUUACGAAGAUCCGAUCGUGUGGAAAAGGCAGCUUACAAUGCUCUGAAGCAAAUCAUUGGGUCAUCUUGGGAUUGUCUUCUAGAAAAGAAUAAGGCCUCUGAUAAUCUGUCUGCAGACAAAUCAAUGCAGCUGAUACCAAAUGGAUAUGAAUCCGUGGCUGAAUUUCCUCUUGCCAGCUUUUUACAUCCGGUUGAAACAGCAUCAAACUCUGCCCCAUUUUUGUCGUUGCUUGCUCCAUUUAAUUUUGGUUCACGGCUAUCAUAUUGGAAAGCUCCAUCUAGUGCCACCUCUGUUGAAUUUGGUAUUGUCCUCGGUAAUAUGUCCGAUGUUAGAGGGGUUAUGUUAAUAGUCAGUUCAUGUGGCUACUCUAUGGCCGAUGCUCCUCUUGUGCAAAUUUGGGCAAGUGAUAAAAUACACAAGGAAGAAAGAUCAUUUAUGGGAAAAUGGGAUGUGCAAUCUAUGAUCAAGUCUUCCUCAGAGCUAUGUGGGCCUGAGACAUCAAGAACAGAGCAUAAAGUUCCUAGACAUUUAAAGUUUCCCUUUAAGAAUUCUGUUCGAUGCCGCAUAAUUUGGAUAAGUUUACGCCUUCAGCGGCCGGGUUCAAGUUCUAUAAAUAUUGGAAACGAUUUCAAUAUGUUGUCUCUAGAUGAGAAUCCUUUUGCACAAGAAACUCGACGGGCCUCUUUUGGAGGAUCCACUGAAAGUGAACCCUGUCUUCAUGCCAAGAGGAUUUUAGUCAUCGGUAGCCCCAACAGAAAGGAAGUUGAUCUCAAGCCACAGCAAAGCCCUGAUCAGUUGAACCUGAAAGGAUGGUUGGAGAGAGCUCCACAAUUGAAUAGAUUUAAGGUUCCACUUGAGGCUGAAAGAUUAAUGGACAAUGAUCUUGUCCUGGAGCAGUAUCUAUCUGCUGCUUCUCCCUUGCUUGCUGGAUUCCGUCUAGAUGCCUUUAGUGCAAUAAAGCCUAGGGUCACCCAUUCACCUGCUUCAGAUGUUCAAAGUGAAAGUUUUUCAUCACUUCUGGAUGAUAGAUACAUUGUACCUGCAGUGUUAUACAUACAAGUGUCUGUUCUUCAGGAUUAUCAAAGCAUGGUGACCAUUGGCGAGUACCGAUUACCAGAGGCCAAGGUGGGAACACCAAUGUACUUUGAUUUCCCUAGGACAAUACAAACUCGCAGGAUUUCAUUCAAACUACUUGGAGACGUUGCAGCUUAUACAGAUGACCCUUCAGAACAAGAUGAUUCUGGCAACAGAGUUUCUCCUUUGGCAGCAGGCUUAUCUUUGUCCAACAGAGUUAAACUCUAUUACUAUGCCGAUCCAUAUGAGCUUGGGAAAUGGGCUAGCCUCUCAGCAGUUUAAUUACACGAUAGUGUGCUUCGGUUGUUGAUAUCGAUUUUGUAAACUUUUUCAAAUUUUGUUGUAUUAUGUCAUGUAAAGUCCAUUCAUUUAUGUAAUAUUAUAGUGUAGGAUUCUACUGUUAGUAAAUGGCAUUAGUACCUUGGUAUUUGAUGGAUUUUAUUUUUCUAUUUACCCACUUUUCUUUUAGCUUGUAACCAACUAGGCAGAAAGGUGAGUUUGAAGGUUCAAAUUCAGUACUUAGUCUACCAAAAUGGUGAAUUUCAUUUUUGAUUAUGGAGUGUAAUUUGAUUCUUUACAAUAUGAGUUUAUCGUUUAAUCAUGGUGGAACUGGCAACAUUCCAGACACUUAAUCAUAAAAGAAAAUCCCUUUACAUCUUCAGUUUA